AUGGUUGUCAAGGCAAUUAAACGUGCAUCCCGCUUUUCUGCACCUGCGGAGUUGUUCUCAAGAGGCGGAGUCGUCCUCGAGAAAACAAUUAUCUGGCUGCCUGACGUGUGGGUGUAUUUGAUGCGCAAGCACAGAUACGUUACCAGACAGCUUACGUGCGAAAUCUGGCCGUACAACGCACCAAACAUCAAACCUCGGCGAGCUCGAAAAUGGACCAAGCAAAUCUUCACGACUGCGGAUGACGGGGUCGGUAAGUGGCCGCUUUGCUGGCGCAUCGCAACUCUUUGCGAUAUUCAGGUACUGUGAGAGUACCGCAACUACCGUUGAAAGCUUGGUGGGGAAAUGGGGCGUGCUGA